CAGUGUCUGCUGCUAUCAAAUACCGUGUGUUCCUCCUUCCUCACAACAUCGUCUUAUACACUCGUCUGCUGUCCUCGUUGCAUCCCGUCUCGGUUCUCGCAAAGGAUUUUAAUCCGGCAGCGGGAGCUGCUUUGCCAUCUUUCGCCCUCUGACUCCCCAUCGGCCGUUGCUGUGACGAGAACACGGUGAGACAAUAUGCACCAGUUGGAUCUCCAAGUACAUUUCGGCUAAAAGGCUGCCACCACCACUCGAUUUCUCCUCGCUGGUCGAGCUGUAUAUUUACUGCGGCUUCGGCCCUGUGUUCGGCGCGGUUGGGCGCUUCACAGUCGCAGAGAGAAAACAAUAAAGGAAGGCCGACGUCGUCAGAGAGAAAGGGAGACUCGUCCGGCUUCGUUAGGACUGAAGAGAAGGCUGGUACAGGGAAUCUCGCGGUGAGGUUUGGAGAAAGAGGAGAAGAUGCUGCCCCAGAAGCAAGCGGAGGAAGCUGCCAUAGUGACGAGCGGCGUGGCUGCUCUCAACAAUGAGAUGGAGCAAGGUGGAGGCGGCGACGGCAAGGGGGAGGACGAAGAGGCGGCACAUGGAUUGAGCAUGACGAGCCUGCUCUGGCACGGUGGCUCUGCCUGGGAUGCCUGGUUCAGCUGCGCCUCCAACCAAGUGGCGCAGGUGCUGUUGACGCUACCUUACUCGUUCUCGCAGCUGGGGAUGCUGUCGGGGGUGAUCCUGCAGCUCUUCUAUGGCCUCCUCGGCAGCUGGACAGCGUACCUCAUCAGCGUACUCUACAUCGAGUACCGCGCCCGGAAGGAGAAGGAAAACGUCAGCUUCAAGAAUCACGUUAUCCAGUGGUUCGAGGUGUUGGAUGGGCUGCUGGGGCCGUAUUGGAAAGCCGCCGGCCUCGCCUUCAACUGCACCUUCCUCCUCUUCGGCUCCGUCAUUCAGCUCAUCGCCUGUGCCAGCAACAUAUACUACAUCAACGACCGGCUGGACAAGAGGACAUGGACGUACAUAUUUGGCGCCUGCUGCGCGACGUCAGUGUUCAUACCCUCCUUCCACAACUACAGGAUAUGGUCCUUCCUCGGCCUCGGCAUGACCACCUACACUGCCUGGUACCUCACCAUCGCCGCCUUCGUCCACGGCCAGGUGGAAGGGGUGACGCACUCGGGCCCAACGAAGCUAGUGCUGUACUUCACCGGCGCCACCAACAUACUAUACACUUUCGGCGGCCACGCCGUCACCGUGGAGAUCAUGCACGCCAUGUGGAAGCCGCAAAAGUUCAAGUACAUCUACCUGAUGGCCACGGUGUACGUGUUCACCCUCACGCUGCCGUCGGCCGCCGCCAUGUACUGGUCCUUCGGUGACCAGCUCCUGACCCACUCCAACGCUUUCUCGCUGCUGCCCCAUUCCGGGUGGCGCGACGCCGCCGUGAUCCUCAUGCUGAUCCACCAGUUCAUCACCUUCGGCUUCGCCUCCACCCCGCUCUACUUCGUGUGGGAGAAGGUGAUCGGGAUGCACGACACCAAGAGCAUCUGCCUCCGCGCCCUCGUCCGUCUCCCCGUCGUCAUCCCCAUCUGGUUCCUGGCCAUCGUCUUCCCCUUCUUUGGUCCCAUCAAUUCCGCCGUAGGGGCACUCCUCGUCAGCUUCACCGUCUACAUCAUCCCCGCCAUGGCACACAUGCUCACCUACCGGACGCCAUCGGCGCGAAAGAACGCGGCCGAGAAGCCUCCCUUCUUCUUGCCGAGCUGGACGGCGAUGUACGCCGUGAACGCCUUCGUGGUGGCGUGGGUGCUGGUGGUGGGCUUCGGGCUCGGCGGGUGGGCGAGCAUGACCAACUUCGUGAAGCAGGUGGACACCUUCGGGCUGUUCGCCAAAUGCUACCAAUGCCCCAAGCCGCAGCAGCCACCGCCAUUCUCUGCCCCCGGCCCUCAAAUGCAGCACCACUGAGCCGACCAAUUCCUCCACCAAUCUUGCUUGUGUGUUUAUCUAUUUACCUGUAAUUAGGCUCGCCGCCGCCUUCAUUUGUGUUGAAUGCUGUGCUAUGGGUUUCUAUCCUAUCCAUUUUCAGGACCAUGUUACAAGUA